AUGGCGUCAGUCAGGGUGGCGGAGUACUACGCUGGUAAAGCCCUCUUCGUCACUGGAGGCACAGGUUUCAUGGGCAAGGUGCUGGUGGAGAAGCUAUUGAGGUGCUGUCCAGAUAUCAAGGUCAUCUACCUGCUCCUGCGUCCGAAGAAAGGGUUGGGCGUAAAAAGUAGACUACAGGAGUAUAUAAACGGAAAGGUGUUCGACAAACUUCGAGAGGUUUCUCCAGAAGCGUUCGACAAGCUGCGCCCAGUGGCGGGCGAUAUAGAAUCAGAAGGUUUAGGUAUUUCACCACAGGACAGAAAUGAAUUACUGGCGGAAUGUCAGAUUGUCUUUCACGUGGCGGCCAGUGUGAGGUUUGACACGUUUAUACGUGACGCUGUUAAUAUGAACAUAGCUGGCACAGAGAGGACUCUGCAGCUAGCUGAAGGAAUGAAGAAACUGGAGGUAUUUCUACACACUUCAACGUCCUACUGUCGGUCGGAUAUUGAAAUUUUGGAAGAAAAACUGUAUCCAGCUAAGCACGAUCCGUUCAAGUUGAUGGACUGUAUGAAGUGGAUGGACGACGACCUGCUCACUCACAUGCAGCCCGCUUUAAUACAUCCAGAACCGAAUACAUACGGAUAUACAAAGUGUUUAACGGAACAGCUGGUCGCGAGCUACAAUGGAAAGUUUCCAAUUGUCCUAGCGAGACCUUCUAUCGUGACAGCAUCAAUAAAAGAACCUAUUCCAGGAUGGAUCGACAACCUAAAUGGUCCCACUGGUAUUAUAGUGGGGGCGGGGAAAGGCGUUAUUAGAACAAUGUACUGUGAUAUAACAAGGCUUGCUGAUACCGUCCCAGUGGACGUCACUAUAAACGCUUGCAUUCUCCUCGCGUAUUUGAAUGGCAUGAAAAGACAAAAAGACAUUGUAGUAUGCAAUAUAACUCGGUCGGAGUGUGAUCCACUCACCUGGGGAGAGGCGAUGGAAUAUGGUCGGAACAUCGUCCAUGAUUAUCCGUUCUCAGUAAUGCUGUGGUAUCCGGGAGGAUCGCCGACAGACUCGAAGUUACUAUUCAAAAUCCAAUCGAUCUAUGCCCACUUCUUACCAGCGCUGUUUAUCGAUUUAUUACUACGACUGCUGGGGCAUAAACCUUUCCUUGUUAAACUACAGAAGAAAAUAGAAUAUGGUAUGGAUGUAUUAGAACACUACGCAAACAGAUCCUGGUGUUUCAAAAAUGGCUAUUUCCUCUCUUUGAAGAAUAGCAUUUCGAAAGAAGAUGACAAAAUAUUCUUUACGGAUAUAAGCAACAUGAACUGGCCGAACUAUUUAAAGAACUACAUACUAGGAGCGAGGGAACAAUGUUGUAAGGACGAUUUGUCCACUCUGCCCCGGGCAAGACGAUUACACACACAGUAA